ACACCAAAAUAUUUUCCCUCUUUCCUACGCAGCGGUCACGUGCGGUCUGAGGUAUACAUACCAUCGUGCUUUUCGCUUCUUCCCCCUGCAGACACUCAGUCCUGCAACACUCUUCUCCAACAGCGAAAAAAAAAAAGAAAAUAGCAAAGAUGGGUCUGGGACAAGACACAAAAGAGUUUCUUUUUUAGAUUUUAGAAACCAAAUAAAUAAAAAAGAAAUAAGGCAAUUUCGAUCAAAACCCUCAACUUUGCCAAAUGGGUUAUUGCAGAGUGUUUUGCAGUUGCAGCCUUUUUCACAGCCGUCUCUACCAUUACCAUUGUCAUUGUUAUUAUUUAGUAUCCGUUAUUACCAUGCACAAUAGACGUGCCUCGAUAACUCCUCAUCAUAACCACAUUUAUUUUUAUUUUUCGCUUUUUCAGUCUUAAGAUUAUGACAUUUGACAAUAAUAAUAAUAACUCUCUUUUUAGCCUCAUAAUUACUCUGUUUUCCAAAUUUUACUUUUCUUUUCUUCUUAACUCGUAAUAAAAACUUCUAAUGAAUCCCUGCAGAGCACACAUAUUACUUAUAUUAUUAACAUUUAUGCAUACCCCUGUUUUCUGCAGGAGAGGAACCCCUUCUGUGUUAAUUUUUAUUUUAUUUUAUUUUAUAUUUUUGUUUGGGUGGUUCUGAGGUCGUAAUUAUCCUUGUCAGAGUCUCUAAUUACUGCCUCUGCCACAGGCUUUUUCGUAUACAAUUUCACACCUAACAUCAUUUGCCGCUUCUCGUUUGUCACUUACUAUUACUCUGCUGCUACCAGCUCGUGCUUUGUUGCCACUCCCAGACCAGUACUACUGCUCUGUCUAGGCAUUACUGCGUACCCGCUACUCUACUGGGCUUUCCUCUUGCUAUGUCUAUUUCACUUCUUUUUCAUUUUUCACAAUUCGGUUUUCUUCCUUUUCACCUGUGAAACCCUUGUUUUUUUUUUCUUUUUUUUUUUACCUCAAAUACACAAAUACAAAUGGCUACUCCACCGGCUCGGUCUUCCUCGAUGCCGUCGCUUCCGCCGCCGUGUCCCAAGUCUCCGCCGGCGUAUCCAGAUUUGUAUGGGAAGCGUCGGGAGAUGGCUAAGGUUCAGAUGCUUGAGAGGGAGAUUGGUUUUCUUCAGGAGGAAUUAAAAUCUGCUGAGCGCAUUCUACCUGCCUCCAGAUGCUGCAAAGAGGUGGCUGAUUUUGUUGCGGCAAAUCCAGAUCCUUUAAUGCCUACGAACCGAAGGAAGCGGCGAUCAUGUCGAUGCUGGAAAUGGCUCUGUGGCAUCCCCUGUUUUAACCUCUCAUGGAUUUGCUGUUGCUGCUAUUCUAAAUGCUGCUCCAUACACCUUGAAAUGCCACAGUGCUGUAAGUGUAACUGCAGUCCUUGUGCUUGUUGUUGUAAAUGCCCGUCGUGGUUCAGUUGCUCGUUACCAAAAUGGCGCUGCCCUCGUUGUUCGUGUUCGUGUCCCCGAUCAGAUUGCUGUAAAAAGAAGUCAUGCAGCAGAAGUUGUUGCUGCCUAUUUCCUACUUCUUGUUUUUCUUGUUUUUCAUGUCCUGAUUGCUCCUCUUGCAGAUGCAAAUGCAAAUGCAAAUGCUCUUGUCCUCCUUGUCCUUCGUGUCCUCCUUGUCUAUAGGUAUAUUUUGUUAUUGUACAAAAUUAUGCUGUAAUCCUUUCCUUUUAUUGUUCUAGAAUCCUCCUAUAUUCUGCAAAUGCAUGCUUUAUUUAGCUAGAAUAUGAUUUUGCUAAUAUCAAGUGUUCAAACGUUUUUUUUGGGUUUCAGAAAGGAAGUAUUAGCAAGUUGGCAGUCUGAAUUAUUGGGUCUCUGUUUGAGGAUUUGAUAUAUUUUACAAUCUUUCACAUAAUAAAUAAAAAAUGGACUUGUAUCA